AUGGCGCCCCCCACCACACCCCGGGAGAGGAGGAAACGAAAGUCCAAUGCCUCCGAGUCCAGUGCUGCCGUCACGCCCCAUGCAUACGUUGCCCUGCACAAGUCCCGACUGGCGGACUGGCGCCCCAGCCCCAUCUCUCACCUGGCAGCCAGCCGGGACGGCAGCCUGGGCGUGGCCGUGCGGGAGGACGGGGACGUGGAGUUCUAUGACCUCAACGGCCCCCACCUCAUUCACUGCAUCCCCGGCGAGGCGGCCUCGGCCCUGACCUGCUCGGCCAUAGUGGAGACCGGCGAGGCUCGCCAGGACCCCCGCGUCUUCGUCUCCGGCUUCUCCGGCAUGAUCUCCGAAGUAGACGGCGCCUCCGCCCUCCCGCUGGCCACCGACGACUCCUACGGCGGCGCGGUCUGGGCGCUGGCCCCCGCCCCGCCCCGCCCCGCCGCCGAGGGCCUCGCGCGCCUGGCGGCCGCCUGCGAGGACGGCGCGGUGCGCCUGUUCAGCGUGACCCCCGGCGUCCCCGGCGCGGCCUACGACCGCGCCUUCCCCGCCGCGGCCGGCCGCGUGGUGGCCCUGGCCUGGCACCCCUCCGGCGCCAGCCUGGCGGCCGCGGGCGUGGACGGCGCGGUGCACCUGCGGGAGGCGGCCACUGGGCGCGAGCUGCUGCGCAUCUCCCUGCGCACCGCCGGCGCGGCGGCCGACCUCGUCAUCUGGGCCCUGCUCUUCCUGCCCGACGGCACGCUGGUAGUGGGCGACUCCUCGGGCCAGGUCUCCUUCUGGGAGGGCACCCACGGCACCCGCCUGGCCAGCUUCACGCAGCACAGCGCCGACGUGCUGGCGCUGGCCGCUUCCCCCACCGGCGACCGCGUGUGGGCGGCGGGAGUGGACCCCGCCCUGGCUCUCUUCGCGCGCGGCGCCGACGGGCGCUGGGCCUUCCUCUCCGCCAAGCGCCCGCACAGCCACGACGUGCGCGCGCUGGCGCUGGCGGCCGGCCCCGGCCAGGCCCGGGAGGGCGGCAUCCUGCUGUCCGGCGGCAACGACGCGGUGCUGCUGGCACACUCCGCGCCGCGCUUCCUCAAGCAGCACCCCGCACCGGUGCAGCACGCGCCGCAGCGUCCGGCCGUGGCCACCAGCCCCGCCGCCGCCCCCGGCGCCGCCGCCGUCGCCGCCACCCCCCCUGCGGCAGCGCUGGCGGUGUGCGCGCUGCGCGGCGACCUCGACCUCUGGGCCCUGCCCCGGGCCGCGCCCGACGCAGAUCCCGGCCUCGCCCCCGGCCCGGAGCGUCUGGCCAGCAUCAGCACGCCGGCAGGGCGCCACGUGCGCGCUGCCGCGCUCUCCUCCGACGGCGCGCUGCUGGCCUUCUCGGAUGCGCAGCGGACCGUAUGCCUGCGCGUGGGCAGCGCUGCACCAGGGCCCGAGGCCGCCGCGCCGCGCGCGGGCUUUGCCCCCAUCCCCCUGCCCGCGGCGCUGCCCGCCGCGCACCUGCUGGCCUUUGUCCCCGGCACCGCCACGUUGGCCAGCGUGAGCCUGGACGGCAGCCUGCACCUCGUCGAUCUGGCGUCGACCCCGUCGGCAGUCCGCGCCGUGCGCGCCGUGCACGAUCUCCGCCACCGCCCCUGGUCCAUGCGCGAGCGCCAGCUGAGCGCGGCCCGGGCUCUGGAGCCGGUGGCGCAACACCUGGUCGCCAGCCCCGACGGGAGGUUCCUGGCGCUCACCUUCCGGCGGCGCAUCCAGCUGAUCAACGUGGCGCGCGGCGAGCUGGUGGCGCCGGCCCCCGUCUCGUCGGGCGAGGCCGGCGCGCCGAUCGUGGGCCUCGCCUUCUCCUGCGACUCCUCCACCCUGCUCAGCCUCACGCUGAGCGGCGAGGUGUGCAUGCACAGCGUGCCCGGCGGGGAGGUCGUCCCGGGGGAGGAGCACGGCAGGAAGGCGCUGAAGGCGGCGCUGCAGCAGCUGGGGGGUGGCUUGCAGGGCGUGUCUGCCCACCCCACCCUGCCCUCCGUCUUCCUCCUGCACUCCAGCACCGGGGUGUGCGUGCUGGACCCGCGCAAGCCCCCGACCCCGGAGCCCAAGCGCUGGAGGCGCGCGCCAGGGCCCCCACCCCCCCGCCCUCCAGGGUCAAACCAUCGCCUGCUGCAGAGCAGCGACAUCCUCCUGGACUUGAUCUUUGUUUCGCCCUCUGACCUCCUCGUGGUCGAGCAGUCCUGGUCGGAGGCGCGGCGCAGCAUGCCAGCACCCCUUCACAGACACCGGUACGGGUCCUGA